AUGCAAUUGUCCUUCAGCUUCGCGCAUGGUGGUUCACAUGGCCCUUUGGUUUUUGAGCCACAUAUACGAAUCGAUGACGUGGCUCACCACCUCAAGAGAUCCCUCAAGCAGUCAGAGCAAGUGUAUGCUCGCUUUCUUUGGGAUGGCACAUGGCUGCCAGCAGGCCAGAAAUUGUCAGAAACGUCGGUGAAGGAUGGGGACGUGCUGGAGACACUAUGGGUCUCUGCAGUACCUCUGGGCGACAUCGGAAAUGACGUGCACGAGGUCCUGCCCAGGCGAGCCCCACUGGACUGGUCGGCGGUGGACGGCCUCACACUUGACGUGGCUGGGAUUUUUCAGAUUGAGCGGCACCUCGAUCAACUGCAGAAAAGCAUCGUUCCAUCUCUGCAAGUGUUAGACAUUCGCCAAUGCGGCUUGCGCCCAGAAUUUAUUCGUAGCCUCUUCAAACAGCUACCAGCCACUCUGAAAGAGCUGCGAGCAAGCCGGAACAAAAUAGGUCCGGAUGCUUUGGAAUGUCUGGGAAAUGGAGACUUCAAGCUGAGGGUGUUUGACAUUGGAUACUCUCAUUGUUCAAGCUGCGCAGCGUUGAGUGGAAUCGGUGGAAUUCUGAGCGGGACCUUGGAAGAGCUGGGCGUUGGAGAUCUACAAAGUGCAACCAGACCACCGACGCUGUUGGCUGGCAUCCUUACUAGCUGCCCAAGGCUGAAGGUGAUUGAUCUGACUUUCAAUACAGACCGCGGCUUUCUAGACGAGACGUUCAAGAGCCUAGCCGAGCACUGCCCGCUGAUUGAAGCUGUCUAUGCCUACCAUACUGAGCCAACGGCCUCUGUGCUACAUGAGUUUCUUACUGGCUGCCAAAAUCUUGCGCACCUGGAAGUGGGCGGCAUCUCCCAGCCGGAGACGAUCUGCAGCAUGGCUCAGCUGCCGUCUUUGAAGGCUCUUCGUUUGGAGGUAUUCUCAUCUCAGCAAGACAUGGUUGAUGCACUUUGCACUCUCAAGGUGGAGACACUAUUCCUGGAAUUCACGGCAAAUGUGGAAACGGAUGACGACGAGGACGACAUAGAGGAUGUUCUGGACCUGAACCUCAAUCCAGAAGCCCUUGCUGAGGCUUUUGGCAAGUCCACUGCAUCAUGUUUUUCGCUCGCAGUGGGCGGUGCAGUUGACCCCAUGAUUCUCCAAUCCAUAGGCUCUCGUUUGCAUGAAUUUGGGCCAGGGAGAUCCCACGGCGAAGGUGUGUCAAUACUGGACACGUUGCUACAGGCGCCGAAUUGCUGCGUCAAUCUAAUGCGUUUAGAAGUUUGCUAUCACGAACAGAUCAAGGCAGAAACGCUGGCCGAAGUAGCUGAGAUGUGCCCUCAGCUGAUGCACCUCCAGCUGAACGCCGACGAUCAUGACUUUCAAAUAACGCCAAUUGACAAUGGCGUCCUGGCUCUUGGUCGCUACUGCGGCAUGCUGGAACAUUUGGAAUCUUCGGACCUUUAUGACAGACUCUUGGAAGAUCCCGCCACAACGCUGUCCACUGCGGUGGCGGGCUGGCCCAAACUGCGAUACCUUUGCGUCGGUGGUACCUGCAAGAAGCAGUGGCUGGUGGCCGUGCCUCAGGCUUACUUCACGGAGGACAUUUUGGUUGAGCUGAGUCAAGCUUCCAUCUCCAGGACUACUAUUGCUGGUGCGCCAGCUGUCGCUGUCACAAAUCAGCAACGGCAAUUCGUCUUCGUCACAAGGUCAGCAGAAGAAGCGGACAAGUGGGCGGCAUCGCUGAAAGUGUCUGACGUCCCAGUGCCGAUAUUCACGCGUGGAUGA